ACCGCCAUGGCGGUGCGGAGCCGCGGCGCUUGGCGGCGGUUGUUGCUGCUGCUGCUCCUGGCCGGCUCUGCCGCCAGCCCGGCGGAGGAGGGCGGCGGGCGGCGGGAGGCGGGCGGCGGGGAGCACGGCGAGGAGGCGGCGCGGUCUCAUCACGACUCCUCGUACGGCACCUUCGCUAGCGAGUUCUACGACCUGCGCUACCUCUCCGAAGAAGGUUACCCUUUCCCUACUGCUCCUCCUGUGGAUCCAUUUGCAAAGAUCAGAGUAGAUGACUGUGGAAAAACCAAGGGAUGCUUCAGGUAUGGUAAACCUGGAUGCAAUGCGGAGACUUGUGAUUACUUUCUAAGUUACCGUAGAAUAGGAGCUGAUGUUGAAUUUGAGUUGAGUGCUGAUACUGAUGGCUGGGUUGCGGUGGGAUUUUCUUCAGACAAGAAAAUGGGAGGAGAUGAUGUCAUGGCUUGUGUUCAUGAUGAUAAUGGAAGAGUCCGAAUACAGCACUUCUAUAAUGUCGGUCAGUGGGCUAAAGAAAUCCAGAGGAAUCCUGCUAGAGAUGAAGAAGGGGUUUUUGAAAACAAUCGUGUGACAUGUCGAUUCAAGCGUCCGGUGUAUGUUCCCCGAGAGGAAACCAUUGUAGAUCUGCACUUGAGUUGGUACUAUCUGUUUGCUUGGGGUCCAGCAAUUCAAGGUUCUAUAACCCGUCAUGAUAUAGACUCACCACCUGUAUCAGAGCACGUUGUCAGUAUUUACAAGUAUGAAGAUAUUUUCAUGCCAUCAGCUGCCUAUCAGACCUUCUCUUCUCCAUUCUGCUUGCUCCUCAUUGUUGCACUGACCUUUUAUUUAUUGAUGGGAACUCCAUGACUGAUGGAAAACAGCAAGAAUUUGUCAGUGGAAGUUUCUCAGGAUGGACGGCUAUAUGGAUGGACAAUGCAUUUUUCUAUUGGAAUUUAUAUCACACCACCAUCCUCAUCUAGCUGCUUUUGAACAUAGUUAGCUUCUCAGAAGAAUGAAAUAACCAUCUCCUUUGAGUGGCAAAGUGGUGACAAAUAAUUUAAGAAUAAUCAGUGAACACAUAGGAGAAUAUUUUCAGUGUUGUGACUACUUGCUUAAAGAAAAGGAGACUUGUGAAAUCAAUGUGCGUGUGUGUAUGUGUGCUUGGGAGGGGUGUCUGUAUGCGUGUUUAGGAGAAUUUAGUGAUGGACAUCUUAUCACAUAACAAAAUUGCCAUCCAAAUUGCUCCCAAAAAUGAAUUUGGGAAAACCUUAUAAUGCUAUUUGGUACUUCUGGAGCAGACAGCACAACUCCAAAUGCGUUUUCCGAACCUGAGAUCUGAAUACCGACACAUCAGUAUAAAACUUGCCCUUCAGUAAUGGACAGUUCUCCCAGGUGCUUUUUAUAUCUGUCAAGGUUCACGUGACCUGGUACUUUACAAAACUAAACUUGCAUAAUCAAGCAUUAACAUGAUUUUUUUCAAUGGAAAAAAGGUGACGAAUGUCUUUUUUUAUUAUAAUAGUGUUUAAACAGCCUUCUUGAAAGAAAUGGCUACUUCUUUUCUGAGUGAUAUAAAGUUAUUUAAACAAGGGGAAGGGAGAAUACAGUAAUGAAAAUUUUCCAUACCUAGGCGAACCACAUGUAAAACAUACAGAAUAUAGACGUUCCCCACAAGCCAUAGAUUAAAUCCCAAUAGAUUAAAUCAAUUUUUCUCUUUUUAUGAAAAAAACCCAAACAAAACCAAACAGUGAUUUUGCUGACAUGUAAAUAUAUUUUUAAGCAGUCAUGUAAUAGUAUGAAGAAAUCUGUUUUUCUGUGUUGUAUGCCUGUAUAUCCUGUUCAUGUUAAAGUUGAAUAUGAGCAGCUGGUGUUAACUUACAUAGAAAUGGAAAUAAAAUUGUGAUUAUUCAUAAGGAAAGAUAGGGAUUAAUAAGAAGAGCAGUAGCUUUAGUUUCACCAAACCAUUGCUAAGAUGUAGUUACUAUGGAAAAAGGUGAGGUAAAGAGGAAAUACAUUAGAUUUUUUUAUCACUAAUAAGUAUUAUGAAGAUGAAUGCUAAAUAUUAUGAAGGUGAACGCUAAAUGUAAUUAUGAGCCACAGAAUGUUAUGAAAAACUCUGAGUUCUUGUGGAGACUUUCUGGUUUUCACCUAAUAGGAAGUGUAUGACACAUCUGCAUGUAGCAGUCAGAUAUGUUUGAAGUUGUUCAUUCACUUCCCAACUUGCAUUAAAUUCUAUUUAAAUAGAAUUAAAAUUUAAAUUGUGCCAAAGUUCUAAUGAAUAUGGUACGCCCAAGGACUCUGCAACAUAGAAUCUGGUACAGUAUGUGAUGGACCUCCUUUCUAUUAUCAUUGCUGCAUACAGUGUAAAAAAAUUAACUAGCUUUGCUGGGCUUGCAUCAUUAUUCACAGACUGAAGUUUGUAGACUAACAUUUUUUUAGACUCAGCAUUCUUCAAACCUAUGCUUAAAGUAUAUAAAUUCAAUUGAAAAUGAAUUUAUCUCCAUCACAAACACUUUAUUCCAUUUUCAGAAGAAAGAUUGCCUAGCAAUACCUACUUACAUUGAUGUCUUUAAGGAUUUGUUCAUUUAAAAUUACUGGACUAGAGUUUAGGAGAGGGAAGAAAAAAUCGGAAUGAAGUGAAUUUUACAAGUAAAUGUAAUAGCUUUAUUUAGUAUAAAUUACUUCUGUCAAGUAGGAUAACAUGCUUGUCAUCUGAUGAAAUCUGUAGCAGAGACAAUAAGGAAGGUCUACUUUGGUCCAUGAUGGCUGUAAACUUUAGCCUUAAGUCUGGCUGAAGCAGAUAGCUGAAGCCUCGAUAAGGAGUUUUAUAUUCAGCAACCAGGUAAAGUGAAGAAAUUACUAGGGCAAAUUCCUUCUCCUUUGUGCUAAUUUGUAGACAGCUGAGAUAACUGUGAUCUCUGAGAAGGAACUGAACUAUUUAAAGUAGCCUCAGGGUUUCUUUAGUUUAUGGCCUUGUAUUUACUAUUUUAAUGUCAGGCAUUUACCUGAUUACCCACUAAAGGGCUAAUCUAAUAAUUGUAAGGUACCGAAACAGGAUAGAAACCCAUUUUGGUUCCUCUUGUCUUUAAUACAGUGAUGGAUUUAGGAUAACCUGAUUGGACCUGAGUGCGGAGGUACAUUAAUGAUGACAAUGCUAACAGCAAGAUACAUGUGCAACACCCAUAGAACUGCUUUCCGCUUACAUGGAGUCAGACAUGGUUAAAGUUCAGGCUCUAAAUCAACAGUGAAUUCAGAGCAGAGACAGCUGCUUAAGGAUAUGUCUGCUGCAAUGUAAAAAUUAUACUGUCUUCAGUUGUAUCAGUGUUCUAAAGUAGAGCAGAAGAUACAUUUGCUUGUUUGCGUUUUUUUCCUUUUUUGGUUUACUUGUCAGUGUCUGGUGGUUUUGUCAUCAUUUUUCUGUUGAAGUAUUAUGAAAAAUGUGCAUUUCUCUAAAAACUUUCACCCAAGCUUUGAAGUACUUAAUUAGCACCAAUUAAGUAUUUAUAAUCAAAUGGAUGGAAAUAAAAGGCCACAACAAGCAGCAAAACACUUUAUUUGGCAUUUCAGCUGAUGGUUGAGUUUAGAACUGAGUUUCUGAGAGUUGAUCUUCCGAGUAGGAAAAGCAGGAAUAUGAUAUUCAAGUUGAUAAAUGAAGAAGGUAGAAAUUUCUAGUUCAGAAAAAGUAUGAAAAGAAAAAGGCAUACAAGAAAUGAAAAGGUUUUAACUCAAUACUAUUUAAUUUUGUAUGAUAUUUGUUAAGUCUUGAGUGGGCAUAGUAACGUCAUGGAAGGUGUUUUGGUUUUCAUAUGUUUGGGUGGAUUUUUUUCUUUUCAGUAUUGAAACCCAGGAUUUGUCUCUGUUAUAGAAAGUUACUAUAAAGUAACUUCCCUAAAAGUAAUUUUGACGUGAUUAUUACAUUUCAAAUAUUUUUUUGUUUUUUCUAAUUAACAGUUACCAAUAUAAAGUAGAGGGAAAGGCCACUUCUGGAAAAGGAGGCAGACGUUUCCUUCUCCAAAUCAAAUAGGUUUUAGGUUUUUUAUGGUGACUACUAGCAAGCAGCUGUUAAGCGCUUUAGCAAUAUGCUCUUUUUAUUUUGAGAAUUACUUGCUGCAGGGUGACCUAAUACAGAAGCAUAGAGUUUUGAAAGUGCAUAUUUAGAGUAUGGUGUCCUUUUGAAACUCACUUUUGAUUAUUAAUAAGAAAGACAAUACUGGCGGAGACCACAAGAUAUUAAUUAACAUCCUCUAAUAGGUUCUUUCCAUGCACAGCUAAAUUCAGUUGUGCCCAUUGCUUGUUACAUUAACUGUAUUAUCAUCCUCUGCUCUCUCUGUCCAUCUUGUCUAGAAUGUUUUAUACUUAAAGUCUGUACAUUACUUGGAGCUGAAAUUAGGUGCUUAUAUUUGUGACAGUGCCUAUUGCAAAGGGACCUUGUAUUUUGACUGUAGUGUCUAACUGGUACCCUGCUACAAAUACUAAGCUAGGCCUGAAAUUACAUUGAUAAGUAGGAUAGGAAAGAAAGAAUAAUAAGUGGAGAGGUCAGGCUUUCAGAAAGUAAUUUUUUUCUUUGCUGCAAUCAAAUAACUGUGUGCAAUUUUAUGUAUAGGUGAGAUACUCCUAGACACUAUUUGAUCCCCUGCUUUUUCCUCCCC